GACUUUAUUUAAAUGGCAGGCACUGUAUCUGUCAAUCAGUCUUGUGAGAUUUCUACGCUUACUGUGAUUGUUUUCAAUAUUUCUAUUUCAUAUUUUCAGUAAUGGACGACGAUUGGACAGUUUGUCGCCUAUGUCUUCAGUCGAAUGAGGGCAAUAUGAAAUCCCUUCCAGAUGUGACUUACAAUAUGAUUCCCUUUUUCAACAUUUACUUUGAACUCGUGGGAAUUACCUUCACGGACUAUCCGACAUUCCCAGGAAAGAUCUGUUCGUCCUGCGAAGAACAAAUGCAUCAGGCCUACAAAUUCCGGGAGAAGUGUUUGGAAACUGAAGAGAAGUUGAAGGAACUGUUGAAUGAAGAAACUACUGCUUUAAAUAUUGAAUUCAUUCCAACACCAAAGGCUACGGAAUCGCCUUUUAAAAUAGCAGCUAAAGAUGUGACAUCAAAUACGGAUAUCCAGGAAAUUACAAAUAAUUCAUCUACAGCCAAAGGCACAACAAAUAAAUCGUGUCCGUCAAAAGAGGACAUUCAGAAGAAAAGCAGUUCUCAUAAGAAAAGCAGUUCCGAGAAGAGAACCAGCCUGAAGUCAUUGCAAUCCAAAUCGAUUCAAUGCAAAAGCUGCAGAAGAAUCUUUCAGGGAAUUGAAUUGUUCAAAAAGCACAGUUGCUGCUUUUCAGACCAGAAUCAUCAGAACCAGGAAGAGAAGAGCCUUGAGACCAGUACUGCUACUAAACCAAAAAGGCAGAAAAGUGAAAUCAAGAAAACCUAUGAAUGCGAAGAAUGCAACAAGAAAUACUUAUGUCAGAAUUCCUUUAUGAUUCACAUGGAUAAACAUAAAAAUAUCCAAAGAUAUGAAUGUUACCAAUGUGAUAAGAAAUUUGCACAUUGGAUCCAAAAACGGAAGCACGUGUACAAGGUUCAUCUUAAAACUGCAUUUUGCGAAUGCAAUGAAUGUGGCAAAGGUUUCUACAAAAUAUACGACUUGAAGCAGCACAUCAAUAGUGAACACUUGAAAUAUUUUCCAUUUCAGUGUGAAUUGUGUGGAAAAACGUUCAAACAGAAAUUUACAUUGAGUAAUCAUAUGAAAUUAAUUCAUACAACGCAGACUGUAACGUGCAAAAAGUGCGGGAAGAAGCUCAAGAAUAAGAGGACCCUAAAGCACCAUAUGAAAACGCACCGUGAUGAAAAAAAUUAUGUCUGUCCUGUCUGUUCUCGAGCAUUUACCUGCAAUUUUUCCCUAAAGGGACAUGUUAGAAAGCAGCAUCCUGAUAAAGUGCAUCUCCUGCCACCUGAUGGUACCAUUGUCAAUAAAGCAUUUUUGAAGAAAAUGGCAGAAGCCGAUGAAUAAAACCACAAUGAAAAUGUUUUAUAAGUGAUUCAAAAAAUAAAAGAGGAUUGGAGAAUA